AUGACAACGUUAUCUCACAUGCAGCGUGUUAGAAUGCUGUAUAAAACAAUUUUGAGGUUACACCGUGGUUUACCAGUCGAAAUUCAAGAUUUAGGUAGUAGUUAUGUUCGAGAUGAAUUUAGACGGCAUAAAAAGUGUAAUGAAACCGAAGCAAUUAUUUUUCUAAACGAAUGGACAGAUUAUGCAUUAAUGCUUGGUAAACAGCUUGGUUUGAAAGGACCACGUACAGCCAAACCACUGGGUCAAAAUUUAAAUGAAGAGGAUUUUGAAAAAUUCAGAGAUGAACAAGUAUAUCAAUUGUAUGAGUUGAUGAAUGCAGCAACUGGUAAAACGGACACAAAUUCGAAAGAUGAAUAA